AAUUUUGAUCUAAGAAUAUACCUAUUAUUUAAUGCUUUAACUUGGUCAAAUUCAUUUAUCACACAAAAAUUGAAUCAAAAUACCAUCAACUUUUACAUGUUUAAAGUCUCAAUAGUUUCCUCGAAUAUUCUCUAGAAAAUUCCAACAAUUCUCAUCAUCUAUAUAACCAAACUCUCACACUUUUCCUUCCUUCACAAACAAAGAACCCAUUUGCACCCAAAAAAAACAUAACCCGAACCCGUUUUCUAUUCGAAUCGAUAAUUUAUCAGCGAUGAGUUUUGCUAGAAAGAAACGAAUCACAGAUCCGUUCGACGACGAAGCCAAAGCUCGACUCGUCGGCGGUGGUCUCCGGCCACUGAGCGGCGUCAGUAGCGGAAGCGAACAUUCAGGCGACAGCGAAUGCACUUCACCGUCGCUCUCUGAACUCGUGCAUGGUUUCCUCGAAGACGAUGACGGAAACGAGUGCUACUCAUCUGGAAACGAUUUCGACUCGGAGCGAGUUGACUCGGUAUCCGAUUCCAUGGACUCGGUUGAGGAUCUACUUAGGUUAAAGUUAAACUCUGAAAAUGAUAAUGUUGAUUCUUACAAGAAUCUUCUUCGCGCGCAUGUUUCCGAAGCUGCGGAGAAAUUCGCGUUUCUGAAAGAACGAAACGUUUCAGUUUAUAAUCGAAACCUGAUGUCGUUUUUGCGUGAGAAGGGACACAAUGCGGCGAUUUGCAAGACGCGGUGGGAUUUCGCCGGCGGACUCACCGCCGGCAGCCACGAGUUUAUCGAUGUGGUGCGAUCUGAAUCGUCCACGUGGCAGACUAGGUAUUUCGUCGAACUCAAUUUCGCCGGACAGUUCGAAGUUGCGCGGCCGACGAGCCGCUACACGGAGGUUUUGAGUUACGUUCCUGGAAUAUUCGUCGGAACUUCGGAGGAAAUGAAACGCAUCGUUUUGGCUAUGUGUGGUGCUGUGAAAAGGUGUUUAAGGAGUGGCGGGUUAUCUGUUCCUCCUUGGAGAAAGAACCGGUACAUGCAAAAAAAGUGGUUUGGACCGUAUCGUAGAACCACAAACCCGGUUCAUGGAAACCCGGUUCCAGUUAACGUUUCCUCAUACAGCGGAACCAAAUGUAGGUUACUGGGGUUUGACGACGCCGUUUCGGAGACCAGGCGCAGCGUUGCGUUUGUCUGAAAGAGAAAAUGCUCGUGAAUUUUUGAAUUUUUUAUUAUUAUUAAUAAGUAGAUAAUUGGAUUGGGUCGAUUUUGUGAAACUGUGUACCUUUAAUUUUUAAAUUAAGGAACAGGUGAAUGAAAAUGAUGGAAGUUUGAGAAAGAUAAUUUAAUAUGCGGCAAAUGUACAUCGUCUAUAAUUUAUCUGCGGCGAGCAGAAGGUUAUUUACAUGCGUGUUGAACCAUUGGAAAUAUUAUUGUUGGGACCUGAACUUUAAACUUUUGUCUCAUUGAAAAAUCCAAAACCGUUCAUUCAAUGAAACACAGAAGUGGAGGACCAUGUCUGAAUUUCAAUAUUAUGUAAUGGUAAAUAUUUUAGCUCCAAUAAUUUAUUUUAGAACAACA